AUGUCGCGGCGCGAGGAGUAUGUGGACGGCGCAGAGUUUGACGACUCGGACGAGCUGGUCGAGGGACACUCGGAGGACUCGGAUGAGUACGAAGCGCUUCCUGUGCUCCCUUCUGCGCCGCUGCGGAGCGCGCUUGCAGAAAAAACGCGGCGCGCUCCGCAAGACGAUAGAAAAUUGCAGCGCAAAGAGCCCGAGAAGCGCGCCGGGGUGCAGAAUGGGUAUAGCUGGGAAGCUGCGUACCAGCGCAGCUGGGAUCAUGUGCAUGAGGACGAGAGUGGAAAUCUGGAGAAUGCGGUGCGCCACAUGCUCGAUAGCAACAAGCGUAAACGGAGCUUGCGCGACUCGACGCCGUUUCAGCGCGGCAUCAUUCGUCAUUUUGUCCUGAUUCUUGAUUUGAGCGAGGAUAUGAUGGACCGUGACUUUCGUCCCAACCGAUUUGAGCUCACGCUGCAGUAUGCGCGCAGAUUUGUCGCUGAGUACUUUGAUCAAAACCCCAUCGGCCAACUAGCAAUUGUGUGCACGCGCAAUGGACUUGGCGAGCGCUUAUCGCUCAUGGGUGGCAAUACCGUGGACCAUGGCGCACUUCUCGCAAACAAGCGCAAACUCGAGCCGCACGGCGAGCCGAGCGUACAAAACGCACUGGAAAUGGCACGCAGCAGUUUGGCGCAUCUUCCAAAUACCAAUACCCGCGAAAUUCUCUACAUCUCUGCGUCGCUGACCACAGUGGACCCAGGGAAUAUAUACCAUACCAUCGACCACCUCGUCGAGGACCAUGUACAAGUCUCGGUCAUUUCCCUCGCCGCCGAGAUGCACAUCAUGAAAGAGUUGUGCAAGCGCACCGGCGGUGACUACAAUGUCGCCAUCGACGAAGAACACUACAAGCAGCUCUUUGAGAGCCACGUUGCGCCACGCAUCAUUACCGAGAGGGAAGCUGUGCAAGAGGACGGCGCGGACCUGCUGGUCAUGGGAUUUCCGAUGCGUCUUCCAUUCAACGCGCCGCUCUCUCUCUGUGCAUGCCAUGGCCGUGUGCUCCACUCGACCAAAAAGAGCGCACAACUGGAAAAUAGCGGCGCGGUGAUGGGGUAUACGUGCCCACGAUGCUACUCAAAGGUGUGCCAAGUGCCUACAGAUUGUCCUACGUGUGGUAUUACCAUCAUUAUGAGUACGCACUUGGCGCGCAGCUACCAUCACUUGUUCCCUGUGGGAAACUACACACCGCUUCCUUGGGCAGCUACCGGCCAGGAUGCUACGCCGAGCUGUUUUGCGUGUGCCAUGCCGUUUCCUGAAAAGCCUUCAGCAGAUGUCCUCGCGCAAGAAGUGCCCAUGAUGGAAGCAGCGGCACUGGCGCCCUCUGCGCGGAUCAGCUGCACACCUGUCCGGGCUGCAUACGUCUUUGCGCAAAAGCUCAAAAGCAUCUUGGUUCCCUCUUGCACUGACUCUGUCAUGCAGGAAGAAUUUGCUGCAUCCGCCGCGGGCGAUCACCAGGCUCGACCCGAGUCGGAUAUCAUCCAGGCGUACUCAGUCAGCGCAAGCGAUAUGCCUCUGCGGCCUUCGUACGAAUCGAGUGAAGAUCCCAAUCCUCCUUCAGCCUCGUUCCGUGUGGAAGAGCCAGUAUCGGUGCAAUCCGAGCAGUAUGGCUAUGUGGACGAUCUCGACGAAGGAUUCCAGCACCCCGUGUCCACGGCCGACGAUCCGCUCACCAAGCCCAGCCCCACCGCACAAGCACGUCGCCGUGUACGCUGGGGAGCACCACAGGAGAGUGAAUUUACACGGAUACAUGUCCGUCCUCACGGUGCAGGGUCUACUAUCUCCAUUCGGCGGCCCGCCGGGCGUGAAUCGUCAGGGACGCACGACGAGGCCACCGAGGUCACAGACAUCUCCAGUCCCCAGCGCUCCACUGGCAUCAAGCGCAGCAAUCAUCCAGGUCAGAUUAGCUUGGACGGACUUGGGCCGGUGCCGCAGGCGGAAGAAGUGCCCAUGCAGAACCUGGCCCCCGGUACGUCUGGAUUCACCGGCGCACUCGAUCUCGCCGGCGAAGACAACGACCGCUACUUGGCACUCUCACACGAGCUUAAUCUGCUACACGACGUCUCCGACGACGAAGCGGACAUUUCUGCUCAGAUCCGUGACUCGAUUCCCCAGGAACUGCACAAUGCAAAUACAGAGCAGCAGCGUUUGAUGGGCCUCAUUAGCGGCGAAACAACGCCGGGAAGCCGUUCAGAGAGCUCCUAUGAUCCUGCAGAAGAUCUUGAACAAGUUGAUCUCAUCGAGGGCGAAGUGGAUGGCAUGCCCGCCAAGCCGAAGAAAUCUGAGCGUAAAAAACGCCCCGACGACCUCGAUCCACUCUCGCGGGGAUGGAGCCUUCUGCGUAAGAAAAUAGGGCUAGACCGCCAAGCAUCGGAUACCCACGACGAUGUCGAAAAGGCAAACGGCGACGAGGGACCGACCAACCAAAAAAGCGUGCCUGUGCGCACAUCGACGGGCAUUCGGGGCGUGCGCAACCGACCGAAACCAUCCAAGCUUGAGCGCGAAGCUGCGCGGCUUGUGCGCACGCACCGACUCAUGAGCAAGCAAGCACCUUCCGAGACUGAGGAGCCAGUCGAGGAAAUCAAGCACGACCAUCUCCCAGACUCUGGCGCUUCCACGCCUGACACAUUGGAGACCGCGAUGAAUAUGGACUCACGACCUGUGAACAGUGGCGGUGUGCUUGGCAAUUUGCUCAAGCUUUACGAGCAACAGCGUGCCGAGGAGACUGUCGACGGGCAGCGCGAAAAGACUAUGGUCGACGACUCGGUGUCCACCAGUUACGCAGGCGUUACCAAUCUGGACGGCGGUCUCUCUCUGGUGGGUAACACCAUUAUUGACUCGUACGGCAACGAGGCCAAGGUGCAGGACUUGGACCCUAGGUUGCUCGAGCAAGUCAUUCAGCCGCCCACCGAGCGCCCGCCAAUUGCUUCCCCUUCUCAACUGUACAGCAGCGGCCGAGCAACACAACCGCGUGCGCCCAUAAACUUGAUGCAGAUGGGCGAUGUCGGUCAAAAGAUGAUUCAUGGGAUGGGCAAAGAAGUGGGCAUUGAUGUGAUGGACGAGCGCCCUAAAGCAGCUCGCUCCAGCGCAGGGACGAUUGGUGCACUGAUGGCCACAACAGGAAAUCUCAUCGGCGCAGUGAGCCCAGCACAUGCGCAGAUUGGACCGAAUCCAAAGCGCCCAGGCUACACGCUCAAUCGGUACCUCCUCCCAGAAAUGAAUGCAAAAACACUGCGCCGCACGGCCAAAAUCGUGCGCGACGCUGCGCCUGUGCCGAAGAGCAUACGAGACCAUCAGUAUCCCAUGGUGGAUACGCCAGGGCGCGAUGAAAGCUACUUUUCACAAAACAAUGCCAAGUCGAUCGCCAACUCGAGUAUGGCAACGUCACAUAAGCAAUAUGGGUCUGGCGCUAUAAGCAAGUUUGCGCGUGGUCUCCGGUCUGGAGCGUCGAGUGCAGGCUCCGACAGCGCGCCUGGCAACUCCAAUGACUAUUUUGGCAAUGCUGCAACGGCACAAGCCGCCGCCAAGGCCGAAUGGCAAAAGAAACUGAAAAAGCGCAAGAAGCGCAACAAAAAGCAGGAAAUUUUUAUCACCAUGCACGUCGCUGCGAUUCUAGCGCGGCAAGAGUUUUUGAUGAAGUUUGCACGCGCCAUGAUGAUGUUUGGCGCGCCAACCCAUCGUCUGGAGAUCCAGAUGCAGCAAACAGCGAAUGUGCUGGAAGUCAAUUGCCGUUGUAUCUACUUCCCGAACCUCAUGAUUUUAUCGUUUGGCGACGAGAAUACACACACAUCGGAUACCAAGAUCAUCAAGCAAGGCAGUGUGCUGGAUUUGACCAAACUCACCGACAUGCAUACGAUUUACUGGAACGUGAUCCACGACAAGAUUGGCGUGGACCGCGCGUCGAAGCAGCUCGAUGCGCUGAUGCGCCGCAAGCCGUACUUGCGCCGCUGGCACCACACCAUUGUAGGCGGAUUUGCCUCGGCCUUUAUUUGCCUCGGCGAAGUAGGCUUUGGCGGCACGUUCCUGGAUGCGUGCGCUGCGUUUGUCCUCGGCGCUUUCCUCAUCUUUUGCCAAAUGUCGCUUACGUCGGAACUGUACUCAAAUGUGUUUGAGAUUGUCUUUGCCACGGUCAACUCGUUUAUUGCGCUUGCGCUCCACGCAAUUCAUAGCGGCGACUAUUUCUGCUACCGCUCCGUCGUCUCUGGCUCGAUUGUACUCAUCCUGCCUGGCUUUAUCGUCUUGUCGGGUGCACUCGAGCUGCAGUCGAAAAACAUUGUUUCGGGGUCCGUGCGGCUUGUGUACGCAGUGAUUUAUUCCGUUUUGCUGGGUAUUGGAAUCAAGAUUGGCGCAGCGCCAUUGUCGGGCAUUAAGCCUAUGGACGGCCGCGAUCCGUUUUCUUGUUCGCGACUGGCGCCUCACUCUCCUUGGUACACCAAAGUGCCGAGCAAGUGGUUUGCCUUCCUUACUGUCCCGUGCUACUCAAUCUGUCUUUCCAUUCGCAAUCAAGGGAAGAUUACGCGCAAAGAGUUCCCUGUCAUGGUGCUGGUUGCGUGUGCAGGUUGGGUGGUUGCCAACUUCCCACAGUACUCCAACGAUUCCGCCGCUUCGCUGAAGCAACAGACCGCGCUGGUCGCUGCUAUGGGUUCGUUUGCCGUCGGUGUCCUGUCCAAUAUCUAUGGGCGCAUCUUUGACGGGCGCAGCUUUGUCGUUGCCGUUCCAGGCAUUCUCUACCAAUUGCCGUCUGGGCUAUCAGGGAACGGCACGACGCUUGUGUCGGGCGUGCAGCAGUCUUCAGUCUCUGCAAAUACCACAACAAACUCAACGGUGCUGCAAUGCUUUGCUCCGAAUGGAUUGCCCAUUGAUAUUCCUUCAAUGAACAAUACUAUGGGCACUUGCACUGCAAAGAACCAGACGACGGCAAACUCUAGCGGCCAAGAGGUUCAGGACGGCCUUGAAAUUGGUACACAGCUACUCAACGUUUCUUUGGGUAUUACCAUCGGCUUAUUCUGCUCCACAAUCCUCAUGCACCUCUUGGGCGGCCGCAAAGUGCGUGGCAGUGGUCUAUUUUCGUUCUAA